GAAAGCAUGGCCGCGUCCACAGACCAGGCAUAUCUUGCCAUGGAACACUCCGUGCGCUCGCGUGUUCCACCCAUACUUACGGAUUUAUAUCAGUUUACCAUGGCUUAUGCCUACUGGCGUGCUGGUCGACACAAUGAACAUGCUGUUUUCGAGUUGUUCUUCCGAGAAAAUCCAUUCGACGGAGGUUUCUCGCUCUUUGCAGGACUGACCGACUGCCUGCUGUUUCUGAGAAACUUUCACUUCUCAGAAGAAGAUAUAGAAUAUCUGCAGACAGUGCUUCCUCCAGAUACCGAUCCUACCUUUUUCUCCUUCCUGACAACCCUGGACUGUUCUGCGGUCUCCAUAAGCUCUGUUCCUGAGGGUAGCACUGUGUUUGCAAGGGUUCCUCUGCUAGAGGUUUCUGGUCCCCUAGCUGUUGUCCAGCUUCUGGAGACCAGCCUUUUGUGCUUGGUCAACUAUGCCAGUCUGGUUUGCAGUAAUGCUGCACGGUUCCGGCUGGCUGCAGGCCCCAAACUGAAGCUGGUUGAGUUGGGCCUCAGAAGAGCUCAAGGACCAGAUGGAGGUCUCUCUGCUUCACGAUACUCUCACAUUGGAGGUUUUGACGCGACUUCAAAUGUUAUGGCCGGUCGGCUGUUUGGUGUCCCUGUGUCUGGAACUAUGGCCCAUUCUUAUGUCACUUCCUUUUCUUCUUUAAAAGAGGUGUGGCCUCGGGUGAUGAUGCCUUCGGGUGGUGGUGAAAGAGUUGAUGUUGUGGCCCUAACAAUAGGUUGGCUGAAACAAAUUUGUCAACUACUAGGUGUGAAGUCAGAGCAUGUGCACGAGGGCGAGCUUACUGCCUUUCUUUCUUAUGGCAUUGCUUAUCCUCAGAACUUCCUACCUGUGAUUGACACAUACAGCGUUAAAAGCAGUGGUCUCCCAUGUUUUUGUGCUGUGGCACUGACACUGUGUGAGUUGGGGUAUCAGCCAGUGGGUGUGCGGCUGGACAGUGGUGACCUCUGCAAGUUAUCAGUGGAAGUACGAUCUGUCUUCCAUGAGUGCUGCAAUCAUUUUGGAGUUAAACAGUUCCUGUCCUUGAUCAUCGUUGGCUCCAAUGGUGUGUCCGAGCAAAGUCUUGGUGAUCUCAAAAAAAAGCAGAGUGAGAUUGAUAUGAUGGGCGUUGGAACUCAUCUGGUUACCUGCACCCAUCAGCCAUCCCUUGGAUGUGUGUAUAAGCUGGUAGAGGUCAGUGGUCAACCCAAGAACAAGUUUACUGAAGACCCUCAGAAGACCACUCUCCCUGGCAGCAAAAAUGUUUACAGACUGUUGGACUCUGAGGGCCAUCCAUCUUUGGAUCUGUUAUGCCUGUCAGAUGAGCCUCCCCCUGUAGCUGGUGUGUCUUUGCAAUGCCAUUUGCUAGGACAUGGGAACGCACCAUAUUGUAUUACACCUGGUCAAGUGAUGAAAUUGCGGCAGAAUGUUUUCUCCAAAGGCCAGCUCACCCUACCUCUCAGUUCUGUGGCAGAAAGCAGAGCCAGAGCACAAAACUGCAUUCACUCUCUACACCCAAGAUAUAAAUGCCUCCAACAGCCAGACAGAUAUACUGUUGCAAUGUCUGAGAAGCUCUACCUCCUCCUCUGUGAUGUCAAAGCCAAAAACACCGCUCCUAAUAACUUCUGGCUCCAAUGAGAUGAUAUGUGAAUCAACAGCCACAAAAUGGUUGCAUCCGAUGCUUGUAGCCAGCCAGACUUUUUUUAAAGUGUCAUUUGUAUCAUCAUUUGGACCUAAAUACAGUUGUGUAGGGCUGAUAUUUUUUUAUUUUCCUCUAAUCGUCAAUUUUUAAAGCUAAUUUGAAACUGACUAAACUAAUUUACAUUCAUGAUUGUUCUAUAUUUAGUGCCAAUUACACUUGAUUUUAACUCAUUUAACAGAAUAUUUAUUUAAUAAAACAAA